UUUAUUUAUUUAGUUUAAAAUUAUUGCUGUUAUAAAUCCGUAUUCAAUAAUAUUUGCUGCUGAAACUGAAAAUCGAUCAUAAAUUAAUCAUGAAAAAUAAAGCUACGAUUAAGGCAUUAGCACAAUCGUAAUUCAAUUUCCAGCGAAUGCAUAAAAUUGAAACCAAAAUUCUAGGGUUUUAGCAUCUUCUGCAACUUAAAUUCCAAGGUUUACCAGUAAUCAAGCCGCAACAAUGGCGGCAGGAACGUUGCAGCAAACAUCAGCAGACCUAAAAAAAUCGAGAGCAGUUCUUCAUCAACUCACUGACACUUUUCAAUCAAUUCAAUCUCACGUUUACUCAGUUAUGGCGCUUUCGGAUCAAUGGGGAACUUUCCAGAACUCCUUUGUGUCAGUUCAGCAUUCUCUGGGAAGCCAUAUUAAGGAGCUUGAGGUGAAGGAGAGAGAAACAAAUUCGCUACGAAUUGCAUUGGAUAAUCGGGAAAAAGAGGUUGAAUUGCGUCGGAAAAAGCUGGAAUUUGAUGAGAAUUCGUUGAGUGAGGGAUGUAAGGAGUUGGAGAUGAGAGAGAGGGAUUAUUCGGAGCGAGUUCAAAUGUUGGAGUUGGAGAAGAAGCGGGUUAAGGAGUGGUUUAAGGCGGCGGAGGCGAAAGAGAGGCGAAUCGAGCAGCGGACUGUUGCGGUGGAGGAGAGAGAGAGGGAGGUUGAGGUGAGAGAGAGGAGGGAAGGGUGUGGGGAGGUUGAGGAGAGAGAAAGGAGGGUGGAGGAGCGGGAGAAGGAGAUUGAUAAGCGAAGCGAGGCGGUGGAGAUGGGGGAGAAUGGGAUAAAUAAGAGGUGUAUAGAGUUGGAGAGGAGGGAGAAGGAGGUUGAGGAGCGAAACCGGGUGGCGGAGUUGAGGGAGGAGGAGAUGGUGGUGAAGGAGAAGCGAAUUGAUGAGCGUUUUGAAGAAAUUGGAUUGAGGGAGAAGGGAAUUGAUGAGCUUUGUAGAGUGCAGGAGUUGAGGGAUAAAGAAUUGAGUGAGAAGGGUAAAGGGUUGGAGUUGAAAGAGAAGGAGAUUGAUGAGAGGUGCAAUGUGGUUGAAUUGAGGGAGGUGGAAAUCGAGCAGCGGUGUAAGGGACAAGAGUUGAGGGAUGAACAAUUGAAUGAGCAAUGUAAAGAGUUGGAGUUGAGAGAGAAGCGUAUAGAUGAGCGUUUGGGAGAGUUGGAGUUGAGGGAGAAGAAAAUUGGUGAACGGUGUAGGGUGGUUGAAUUGAGGGAGGCGAAAUUUGAUCAGCGUUGUAAGGUACAAGAGUUGAGGGAUAAACAAUUGAAGGAGCGUAGGGAAGAAUUGGAGGUGAUAGAGAAGCAUAUAGAUGAGUGUUUGGAAAAGUUGAAGUUGAAGGAAAAGGAAAUUGAUGAGAGGUGUUGUGUGGCGGAGUUGAAGGAGAAGGCGAUUGAUGAGAGGUGUAGUGUGGCGGAGUUGAAGGAGAAGCAUGUAGAUGAGUGUUUGGAAAGGUUAAAGUUGAAGAAAAAGGAAAUUGAUGAGAGGUGCAGUGUGGCAGAGUUGAAGGAGAAGGCAGUUGAUGAGAGGUGUAGUGUGGCGGAGUUGAAGGAGAAGCAUAUAGAUGAGUGUUUGGAAAGGUUAAAGUUGAAGGAAAAGGAAGUUGAUGAGAGGUGUAGUGUGGUGGAGUUGAAGGAGAAGGCGAUUGAUGAACGUUGCAAAGUGGUUGAAUCUAGGGAGAGGGAGAUUGAUGAGCGGAGCAAGGGACAAGAGUUGAGAGAGAAGCAAUUGAAUAAGCAGUGUAAAGGGUUGCAGUUGAAAGAGAAACGUAUAGGUGAUCGUUUGGGAGAGUUGGAGUUGAAGGAAAAGAAAAUUGGUGAGCGGUGUAGUGUGGUUGAAUUGAGGGAGGCGGAAAUCAAUCAGCAUUGUAAGGCACAAGAGUUGAGGGAUCAGCAAUUGAAUGAGCGUUGUGAAGAGUUGGAGUUGAAGGAAAAGGAAAUUAUUGAGCGGUGUAGUGUGGUGGAGUUGAAGGAGAAGGCAACUGAUGAAAGUUGCAAAGUAGCCGAAUCUAGGGAGGAGAUUGAUGAGCGGUGCAAGGGACAAGAGUUGAGAGACAAGCAAUUGAAUAAGCGGUCUAAAUGGUUGCAAUUGAAAGAGAAGCAUAUAGAUGGGCGUUUGAAAGAGCUAGAAUUGAAAGAGAAACAUAUAGAUGGGCGUUUAAAAGAGCUAGAAUUGAAAGAGAAUCAAAUCGAAUUGAAAUACAAGCAGACAGAAGAGGCUUGUGAGGAGCUUGAAUUGAAAGAGAAGCGAAUGAUAGAGCAUACUGAAGAGAAGAAAUUAAAAGAUAAACAAAUUAGUGAGAAAUGUGGAGAGCUAGAGUUGAAGGAAAAGCAUAUCAAUGAGAGUUUUAAAUCUUUGGAUUCGAAAGUGGAGCAUAUAAACAAGCGAUGUAAAGAUUUAUCAUUGAGAGAGAAGUUAAUUAGUGAUCGUAGUAAAGCAUUAGAUUUGAAAGAAAAGAAGAUGUAUGAGCAGUCUCAAGCACUGGAAUUGAAAGAGAAGGAAAUUAGUAGGCACGCCAAGGCAGAGGAGUUGGGAGAGGGACAAAGGGAUGUGCAUAUUAAAGCCUUGGUGUUAAAGGGGAAGAAAAUCAACAAGUGUUUUCAGGAGCAGGAGUGCAAGAAGAAUGAAAUUAAUGACCCUUGCACGAAAUUGGAAUUGGAAAGGGAGCAAUUGAGUGAUACCACUGGCAUGACGAAGAAAUCUGAACAAAACAGUAGUUUGGGAUUUGUUGAAGGAUUGCAGAGUCUUAGUCUUAAGCAAUGUAUGACAGAUGGAAAAGCCUUGCAGAUGUUUUUGAAUGAUCGAGUCGAUGAACACAGGUUCAUGGAAGAAGAGAUUAGGGAUGCUCUCAGGUUAUCUUCAGAACCAGGCAGGUUGGUAUUAGCAGCUUGUGUUGGGUUUUUCUCACCACAUUUGAAGAAUGGUGAUGUGAUGUAUGAAACAAGUGCUGUUAGGAGUAGCUGUGUGCUACUGUUGGAGCAAUUGAUGAAUUUAAAACUUAAAGUUGAUAAAGGUUUGAAGAAAAACGCCAAGAAGGUUUUUUUUCUUUGGAAAGAGAAGAUGAGAGAAAAUGGACAGAGUCGUAUUGUGGUGCUAAGCUUCUUACUGUUAAUAGUUGCAUUUGGCUUGAGUUCAAUUGUUAACAGGGAUGAAUUGCAGAGGCUUUAUAAGAUUGUGGAUCAGGAUAGGAUAGCACCUCGGUUGCAUCAGGAACUGAACUUGUUCAAAGCGAAUGAAGGAAGCAAUAUGCUCACUGGCCCCCUUGAAUUAACGACUGGACAACAGCUGACAGAUAUAUUGCAAGGGACUGAUACAGUUGCUUCACCCUCCAUAAAUCAGUGCAGUGUGAUCAACUUGCUGUGCCAUCGUAUGGAUGCAAAGGGUCUAAGAUUAUAUAUAAGAGAACAUAUGAUAGAUCAAAUUAUUUCUCCAGAAAAGAUUUUAGAUGCACUUCUAUGUGCACCAGACCCAGCAAAACUACUUCUUAAUGUAGUUCAAAUUUUCAACCAACCGAAGGCAACACCAGUUGAGAAAACUAAUUGCAUAUUUUUGUUAGAGCAGUUGAUGAAACUACAAAAGCGACAACGUAGUAUCAAUUCCCUUGGUCAGGUAGAGCAGUUGGUGAAACCACCAUCAAAAAUUACACUUGGUUUGAAAAAGCAAGCAAAAAAGUUUGCUUAUACAUGGAAACAAACUUUGGCUAAGACGAAAGGCUAUAAAAUUUUGGAAGUUUAUGGCUUUCUGCAAUUUCUAGCCACAUACGAGAUAGCCAGUUUAUUUAAUGAAAAUGAACUUUUUCGACUUUUCAAAAAAUGUUAUGGUGGGCGCUUGGUCUUCCGGCCUGAGCAAAAUCCAUACUUGUGCCGUACACUAGGAUUGGAAAAAAGAAUUUCAGGCCUUAUCAAAUCUCUUGUCAAGGAGGACCGACGACUUCAGGCAGUCAAGUAUAUCUGUACUUUUAUGAUGGAAUCUUAUUUUCCGCUAGCUCCCCUUCUAAAAGAUCACCUUAAGUUCACCAAGGAAAAAUCAGUGAAGUUGCGGAAGGAAAGAAACAAUUCUCAUGCAGCAAAGAUUGAAUCUGCUCGCUUUGAGAUGCAUCACCUGCAAGAUGUACUGAAAUACAUUAAUGAUUAUAAGCUUGAGUCAGAAUUCACAGAUGUUUCUCUUGAAUUGCGAAUUGAAGAGCUGGAAAAGCAGAUUGCAGAACUGAAGACUUCCACCACUGAAGAGGAACAGAUGGUAACUACCGAAGAAGGGUUAAUAGAUGACAGUUCCAUAAAUUUGGAAGUGGAUAUGGUAGAAAUUGGUUCAACUAAGCUCGGAAUGAAGGCAGAAAAGAAUCUUUUGCAUCCUGCUGACACUGCAUCAGAGUUGUUUGGUGGGAAGAAGCGCACUUCCAGCCCCUCCCCUUCCUUUGUGCUGCCACAAGAAAAGCGCCUCAAAGCAGGGGCUCUUGUUUCUAAUAGACAGUGGCCACAACCUGGGCCUUGUACUUCUGGACAUCAAGCCCAUGUUAAGCCUGAUGAAUUCCCCGUGUCGCAUCCUGUAACAUUGCCUGCUAUAAAUGGGUUGAGUGCCCAAUCUGGUUUACUUGAUAAUAGUUAUGGUGCUAGUGCCACUCCCACUCCCUGUAGGGAGACUCAGCAAAUCGCACCUACUGCCAGAAUCUGCCCUGGUGGCAUUGAUGUAGAAUUGAAGACUACCACUGCAAGAGUUGAACAAAAGUUGGCUAAUAAAAGAAAAGAGGAUCUUAAGAAUACCUUUUCUGCAAAUAUUGAAAAGGAUAUAGUAGAAAACAAUUCAAUUCAGGGUAUAAAAAAGGCCGAAAAAAUUCUCUCCCCAGCCUUUUCUGAAAUUGUAGCAGAGUCUUGUGGUGAGAAAUACUUUUCCAGCCCCUCCUCUUCCUCGGUGUUGCCACAACAAGCAAAACACCUUAGACCACAAACUUUUGAGUCUCCUAAUCCACCACCCAAUUAUCCCAUAUCCAUGAACCCUCCACUGCCAAGUCUGCAAUCAUGGGGGCAACAUAGACCUUAUACAUUUGGACAUGUAGCCCAUGAUGGACCCAAUGGAGCAUUGCAUCCUGGACAAAUGCCUGCUGUAAAUGGGCCAAGUGCCCAGUUUGGUGGCCCUAGUGGCAGCUAUGGUGUCAAUCCCUGUUGGGGAACAGGUGAGUUUAGACCUACUGCUGUAAUUUUCCCCGGUGAUACCCUUGCACCCCAGUUUAGACCUACUGCUGGAAUUGGCCCUGGCAGUACCACUGCACAUGGGCAGUUUAGACCUUAUGCUGGAUUCGGUCCUGGUGAUACUCAUUCACCUGUACAAUUUAGACCUGCUGCAGGAAUCGGCCCUGGCAGUACUCCUACACCUGGACAGUGGCCGUCUGCUGGAAUUGGGCCUGGCAAUACACCUGGACAAUAUGGACCUGCCGCUGGAAUUGGUUCUGGCAGUAUACCUGGACAGUAUAGGCCUACUGCUGGAAGCUAUCCUGAUGGACCUCCUGCACCCGGACAAUUUUGGCCUACUGCUGGAAUCAGCUCGAACGUUAUUCCUACACCUGGAUAUUUUGUUGGAAGUCAGGUGCCGCCGUAUAGGCCAUGAUAAACAUAAGGCUAUUUUGUCAAUUGCACUCAACACACUAAAGGAUGUAUAUGAUAAGGGUGAACCUUGGAUAUAUCAGUUCUCCGGUGUCAAGACAGCUAAUUGGUAGGCUAAAUUGUUAUCUAGGAAUUUUGAAGGUUGAUGAUAAAAGAUGCUUACAAGUGGAAUUGAAGACUUAUUCUGGUUUGAAUGUGCUUAGAAGCAAAUCUAGAGGAUAUGCCGAUACAACCAUAAACAGCCUUGUGCUUGUGUCUAAUUCUUUUUUAGUUUGGUUUGUACAGGGUGCUCUGUUUUUUCUUUUUAGUUCAAAUGCUUGAUCCUCAAUUAUUUCAAUUGUUUAGUUCUUAAUUGUGUAGGUUGUAAAGCCAUAAGAGUAAUGGUCAAACAUGGUUUAUAUUCCCGGGCCAUGAUAAUGUGUAAAUUGUAGUGUUUAAGAAAGGAAGCAAUAAACGUGUACCAAUAAGGUAUCUAUACAAUUUUUUGAUUUUUUA